AUGGCUGAAUUCGCAAAGAACCUGUUCUUUGGCAAUUUUCACCAGUCGCACGAGCCUUCCCAGGCUGCCGGGCCUCAACCGGCCUCGCCUCAGGCCCAGGAUCCCGUUUCAGCCCCCGAAAGCCACCCGGGAAAGCUGUCGCCGCGCUUGUUCCCAAACAUGGUCCAGACAUCGCUGCCGACGACAGCGCUGAAUGACCAGGAGUUUGCGGUUGGGACGACUAUCCGUUCUAAGAUGCCGGUAGAAGCUGCGAAGAGUAAGGAGGAGACCAAGUAUGGGAGCACAAAUGGACAGAGUGGGCUCAGUGGAUUUUCUUCUAAUGGACUUGGUGGAUUUGCCGGAGCAGCAGUGCCAGGGGUAAAUCCGACGAACGGUUUGAACGCUUCAAACUUGGCCUCUGCUCCUGUUCCCACAGGAGCACAAGCGCAAGCAGCAUUGCCUCGUGGUAAACUACGCGUAACCAUCGAAGAGGCCACUGAUCUCAACAUCACCGCUGAGCACUCAUCUCCAUACGUUGUGGUGACAUUCCAGAGCUCGGAGUCUAUCACUACGGGACCGAAGUCGUUCGACAGUUCCAGACCACGGGAUCAACCGCACAGAAAACAAUUGAUCCCGCGCCAAUCGACCCGCCAGGGAGACUCUUUCCACUCUCACCCGAUAUGGCACCACCAGGCCACAUUUGAUGUGGUUGAAGAAGCUGCAGAGCUCGAUAUUUCCAUUUAUGACCACUUCCAAAAGGAUCUGUUUUUGGGGCACGCAAGUGUGGCACCGCGUCUGGACCAGCUGGCAAACGAGGAGCGUUGGUUGGUACUCGAGCCUCGUAUCCUUGGCGAAUCUGUAACAGGAAAGGUGCGUGUUAAACUGGAGUACUCGGCAGUAGGAAAGAAACAUUACGGGCCCAACGAUUUCGACGUGCUGAGAUUGCUAGGGAAAGGAACGUUCGGCCAGGUGUUCCAAGUCAAGAAGAAGGAUACCGGCAGAAUUUACGCCAUGAAGGUGCUCUCGAAGAAGGUGAUUGUUAGGAAGAAGGAGAUCGCCCACACAAUUGGCGAGCGCGAUAUCCUGGUGAGGACUUCUUCUAUAGAGUGUCCCUUUAUCGUGGGACUGAAGUUUUCAUUCCAAACCCCGUCAGAUCUCUAUCUAGUCACCGAUUACAUGUCUGGUGGUGAGCUUUUCUGGCAUUUGCAGAAAGAAGGCCGUUUCUCGGAGGAUCGUGCCAAAUUCUACAUCGCAGAGUUACUAUUGGCUCUGGAACAUCUCCACGACAACGACAUUGUGUACCGUGACCUGAAACCAGAGAAUAUCCUGCUUGAUGCGAAUGGACACAUUGCCCUCUGUGAUUUUGGCCUGUCGAAGGCCAAUCUUACAAGCUCAAAUGGAACCACAAACACAUUUUGCGGAACCACUGAGUAUCUGGCGCCCGAAGUACUACUCGACGAGAGCGGAUACACCAAGAUGGUAGAUUUCUGGUCUCUUGGAGUGUUGAUCUUCGAGAUGUGUUGCGGGUGGUCGCCUUUCUACGCAGACAACACCCAGCAGAUGUACAAGAACAUUGCGUUCGGGAAAGUGCGCUUUCCAAAGGAGAUUUUGUCUUCUGAGGGCCGUUCUUUUGUUAAAGGGCUGCUUAAUCGUAACCCAAAGCAUCGUCUAGGUGCUCUCAACGAUGCUCGCGAGCUCAGAGCUCAUCCUUUCUUCAACGACGUUGAUUGGGAGCUACUGAGACACAAAAAGAUCCCACCUCCGUUCAUUCCUCAUCUGGCGUCUGAGAUGGACACCUCGAAUUUCGACCCGGAGUUCACCAACACCUCGACUUCUAUGAUCAACAAGCAGAUGAUGAUGAUGCUGGGGUCUACUCCGCUCAGUGAGGCCAUCCAAGACAAUUUCAAGGGUUUCACUUACGUGGAUGAUAGUAUGGUUUUCGACCAUUUUAACUCUGCCGGGAAAAGAUUUCCAGGUUCGUUCAAGCACCCGGUACCUGCUAGUUUCCACAUUCCGGUGAUGAUGCCUAACGACCCAAAUUUGCCUGCUGAGGAGGAGGUUAUUGAAGAGGAAGAGACCAAGGAUGAAUACGAGGAUCACAUGGAUGUUGAUGAUGAAUUUGUCAACGGCCAGUUUGAUUUGUAA